GUCUGUUUAGAGUUUUUAUACAUGUUCUCCAUGUAUCUGUGUGGAUAUUUUCAUGUUUCCCUUUUUAGUGCCACCUCCCAAAACCAUGCUAGUGGGUUGGCUGGCUAAUUUAAAUUGCCCCUGUGUGUGAAUGUCUGUGUUCCCCCUGAUGGACUGGCAUUAGAUCUAGAGUGUAUUCCCAUCUUGUGCCCAAUGUCCUCGGCAUAGGCUUUGGAUUCACCACAACCCUGUCCAGGAUAACAUACUCAUUGAAGAAGAGUCGAUCCAUGAAAUUUGUAAUUAGCUGUUUGUUUCAUGUAGAUUUUUGUGGUUUUCUAACACAAUGGCCUCUAACCUGUACUCACAGAACCUGAUGCUGCAAGUGACCUCAGUGUAACUGAAAUUACAACAAGCUCAUUGUUUCUGAACUGGACUGAACCAAUAGGAGAAAGAUCUGUCUUUGAAGUAGAGUGGAGCAAUGACAACAUCACCUUGAAUACAACAACCUCAGACAGGUGCUUUAACAUAACUAAUCUCAAUCCUGGAGUCAAUUACACCAUCCUGAUAUCUGCUGUUGCUGCAGACAAUAUAACAGAUGGAGAAGCAGUUGGUCUUUCAGUCUAUACAAAGCCUGAGACUGUUAGCAGUCUCACAGUACUUAAUGUUACAAACUCCUCUAUAUUACUGAACUGGACUGAGGCAAUGGGCAAAAUCUCCUAUUAUGUAAUCCAAUAUGAGAAUUUCAGUACAACAAUCAAUAAGACUACUGAAAUCACUGGGAUUAACAUAAUUAAUCUGACUCCUGGAGUGCAUUACACAUUCAAAGUGUUUGCAGUUGCUGCAGAUAAUAAAACAGAAGGAAAUUACAGCUGCAUUUCAGCCUACACAAAACCUGAUGCUGCAAGUGACCUCAGAGUAACUGAAAUUACAACAAGCUCAUUGUUUCUGAACUGGACUGAACCAAUAGGAGAAAAAUCUUUCUUUAAAGUACAGUGGAGCAAUGACAGCAUCACUUUGAAUUCAAUAACCUCAAACAGGUUCUUUAACAUUGCUAAUCUCAAUCCUGGAGUCAAUUACACCAUCCUGAUAUCUGCUGUUGCUGCAGACAAUAUAACAGAAGGAGAAGCAGUUGGUCUUUCAGUCUAUACAAAGGCUGAGACUGUUAGCAGUCUCACAAUACUUAAUGUUACAAACUCCUCUAUAUUACUGAACUGGACUGAGGCAAUGGGCAAAAUCUCCCAUUAUGUAAUCCAAUAUGAGAAUUUCAGUACGACAAUCAAUAACACUACUGAAAUCACUGGGAUUAACAUAAUUAAUCUGGCUCCUGGAGUGCAGUACACAUUCAAAGUGUUUGCAGUUGCUGCAGAUAAUAAAACAGAAGGAAAUUACAGCUGCAUUUCAGCCUACACAAGUAAGACGUAACUUAAAAAUAUUGAUUGAAUAUCAUAAAUAAUUUGGUACUAGAACUGUAUGGUGGUGCAGCAGGUAGCUUUGCAUGAUGUUCACAGUUCAAUCCUGUGCUCAGGUUACUGUCUAUUUAGAGUUUCUAUACAUGUUCUCCGUGUAUCUUUGUGGUUAUUUCCAGGUUUUUCUGUUUCCUCCCACUUCCCAAA